GCCCCUUGGGCCCGCCCCCGCACCCCGCUCGCCGGCGUCUGGCUCUCAUGAUGAUGAAGAAGAAGAAGUUUAAGUUUAAGGUGGACUUCGAGCUCGAGGAGCUCUCCUCGGUGCCCUUCGUCAACGGGGUCCUCUUCUGCAAGAUGCGGCUGCUGGACGGCGGCAGCUUCACCGCCGAGUCCCCCAGGGAGGUGGUGCAAGCAAACUGUGUUCACUGGAGAAAGAAGUUCUCAUUUAUGUGCAAAAUGAGUGCAAGUGCCACCACAGGCAUCCUAGACCCUUGUAUCUACAGAGUAUCUGUGAGGAAGGAAUUAAAAGGUGGAAAAGCUUAUGCAAAGCUGGGCUUUGCAGAUCUAAACCUGGCAGAGUUUGCUGGAUCAGGAAAUACCACUCGUCGCUGUUUACUGGAAGGCUAUGAUACCAAAAAUACAAGACAGGAUAAUUCCAUUCUUAAAGUUUUAAUCAGUAUGCAACUGAUGUCUGGUGACCCAUGUUUUAAAACGCCUCCUUCUACAUCAAUGUCUAUACCAAUUGCUGGUGAAUCUGAAUCUCUGGAAGAAGAUAGAAAAGGUGGAGAGACUCUCAAAAUUCAUCUUGGGAUAGCAGAUCUCUCAGCAAAGAGUGCCUCUGUUCCAGAUGAACUUGGUGCCUGUGGACAUUCUAGAACAUCAAGCUAUGCAAGCCAGCAGUCAAAAGUAUCAGGAUAUAGCUCUUGCCACUCCCGGUCAUCUAGUUUCUCUGAGCUCUGCCACAGGAGAAAUACCUCAGUGGGAAGUACAUCAACAGGAAUUGAAAGUAUUCUAGAGCCAUGUGAUGAAAUUGAGCAGAAGAUAGCUGGACCAAAUCUUGAUACAGCUGAUAAAGAAGAUGCAGCUUCAGAAACACUCAACAGAUGCCCAGUGAAACAAGAUUCUGUAGAAUCUCAGCUGAAGCGAGUUGAUGACACCAGAGUGGAUGCAGAUGAUAUUGUGGAGAAAAUAUUACAAAGUCAAGACUUCAGCCUAGAUUCCAGUGCAGAAGAAGAAGGACUGAGGUUAUUUGUGGGUCCUGGGGGAAGUACAACCUUUGGCAGUCAUCAUCUUCCAAACAGGGUGGGGUCUGGAGCUUAUGAACAAGUUGUGAUCAAACGCUAGAAAUCAAGCUGGUGAACUGAAGCUUCCCUGGGGGUUUAAGAUAUGGGCAGUUGAGCUGUCAAGGCACUUUAUUCAAGCACUUAUGAGAAAGUGAACCUAUUAAAAAAAAAUGAAGCAUGUUCAUCUAUCAAGAGGAAAGCCAACACUGAUUUCUUCUCUGAAGGUGCCCACCACUCUCCUUUCUCACCCACCAACAGGGAACAUCGGAAUGGUAGUAUCAGGGCAGUGUGCCACGUGUGCUUAUAGGUACACAGCUUCUGUGGUCACUGCACAUAAUAAUGAAAAGCCUGCUUAUUUUUUCAAAACAUCCAGCGGGAAA